CUUGCUCUUUUCCAGUCAAAUUUUGUAGUAGACUUAUUAAGAAAGCAUUAUAAAAAUAUAGCUUAUGAUAUAGUUCCUAUGAGUACAACUGGUGACAAAAUAUUGAAUGUAGCCCUCUCCAAAAUUGGAGAGAAAAGUUUGUUUACUAAAGAAUUAGAGAUUGCUUUGGAAAAACGAGAAGUAGAUGUUGUUGUGCAUUCCCUCAAAGAUCUUCCUACUACUUUACCACCAGGAAUGGUAAUUGGAGCAAUAUGUCAGAGAGAAAAUCCAUUCGAUGUAGUUGUGUUUAGUCCUGAUUGCAAAUGUUCUCACUUAAAAGACUUGCCUAAAGGAAGCAUAGUUGGAACCAGUUCUUUGAGAAGAAUUGCUCAGUUAGGAAGAGUAUUCCCACAACUGACUUUUGAAAGCAUUCGUGGAAAUCUGAAUACUAGACUCAGAAAACUUGAUGAAGACAAAAAUUACUCUGCUUUAAUUAUAGCUGCUGCAGGCCUUAUUAGAUUAGAUUUGGAGCACAGAAUAGGAAUGAUUCUUAAACCUGAAGAAUGCAUGUAUGCUGUGGGUCAAGGGGCACUGGCAAUUGAAUGUCGAGAAUCUGAUGUGCAAACAAUUGAGCUUUUAUCGCAAAUAAGUGAUAAAAAUACUACCUUGCGUUGCAUAGCUGAAAGAUCCUUUAUGAAGUCUUUAGAAGGGGGCUGCAGUGUACCAAUUGCAGUCAACUCAUCCAUUGAUAAAAAUGAAAAACUGACGUUGUGUGGCGGAGUUUUUAGUCUUGAUGGUUCCAAAAGCAUCAUUGAAGAGCUUAGUGUUGAUCUUAAACCAACAAAACCAUUUCAGUUUCAAGUAAAAAAGCAUUAUGCUGCCAUUGUAGCACCUCAUCUAUCACACAAUAUUUUAAGUAAGGCUGAAUCUUUAGGAAAGGAUCUUGCUGAUUUAUUCCUGGAAAAAGGAGCUGAAGCUAUCCUAAAAGAAGCUAGAGGAACAACUGCUUAAGUUUUUUUUCUUCCAAUUGAUUAUAUUUGAGAGAUUCCAUGAAAGGCAAUAUUUUUUUUAAUAUAUUGUUGUAAUUUUAAGAAAUAAUUGUUGAAUCAUAUGUUUAUAUAUUUUAAUAAAAUAAAUUAUGAAAAUA